AUGGACGAGCCGACAUCUGCGCUUGACGGCAAAUCCGAGGCCUUAUGCCAAGACAGGAAGGGCGACGGGACGAACUACUCGGGUAGCCUGGGUCCAGGCAAGUUUCACUUGGGAGGUCUGCCGGUGAGGGAUCGUGAUGGAGUUGGACUGAAGGCGAAGGAGCUGGUGAAGUACAAGGAGCUGCCAGCCUGUGCUGAAGGCGUUCUCAACAUCUCAGGUGCAUACAAAGUCACAUCCAAGCGCUCCUUUGAAGGCUGCCUAGCCGUCCACGGCUUCAAGGCUGUUGUCCACCUUCUUGCACCCAUCACCUUCAGUGGCAACACGACCUUUACAGGACACAUCGUGGUUGAAGGAGGAGGAGAUUUGGAAAGUGCCUGCUUGGUCGUCAAGGGCGUUGCCACACUCCGGGGCCAGUUGGAGUUCAAGAACUGCAUCAAUAGCGCUGAAGGCAAAAAAAAUGACGAAGCAGGUAAGGGAGGCGCUCUUCGUGCCGAGCACGUGAAGCUGCAAGGCCGAGUCAAAUUCGAGGGCUGCAAGGGGCGACUCGGAGGUGCCAUCUAUGCCGAGACGAUCAAUGUGCAAGAUAGCAUGAUCGCAGCCUCGGAGUGCAAAGCGACGGAAAAAGGAGGAGUUCUGCAUUCAGCAAAAGGCAUCACAGUCCAAAACAGCUCUUUGAGCGCCACCGGCUGCUCCGCCGAAGCUGCUCUGCCACUUGGAGCAGGGGGCGUCAUUCACUCAGAGCAGGGCGUGGUGCUGAAGACUAGCUCUCUGACAGCCACCAGUUGCUUUGCAGUUUAUGGCGGAGGAGGUGUCAUUCACUCUGAGCAGAUCGUGGUGCUAGACGCUAGCUCUCUGACAGCCACCAAUUGCACAGCGAAGGAUGGAGGUGUCAUUUGCGGCAAGAAGCAGGUGGUGCUGGAUACUAGCUCCCUGACUGCCACCAACUGCACGGCGAGAAGCUUGGGAGGUGUCAUUUCCGGCUGGGAGCAGGUGGUGCUGAAUACCAGCUCGCUGACAGCCACCAGUUGCUCGGCUGCCGAUGCUGGAGGCGUCAUUGCCAGCGAGUGGGAGUUGGUGCUGGAUUCUAGCAUGAUCGCAGCCUCGGAGUGCAAAGCGAACGAAGCAGGAGGAGUUCUGUAUUCACUUGGACGCGUCGGAAUCCAAAAUAGCUCCCUGACAGCUUCCCACUGCUCAGCCGAGAAAGGAGGAGUGAUUUCCGGCGUGGAGCAGGUGGUGCUAGAUACUAGCAUGAUCACAGCCUCAGAGUGCCACGCCGAAGCAACAGGAGGAGUUCUGCAUUCAAGAUGUGUCACCGUCCAGAAUAGUUCUUUGACAGCCGCCAGUUGCUUCGCAUUGGAAGGAGGUGUCAUUCACUCUGAGAAGGACGACGUGGUGCUAGACGCUAGCUCCCUGACAGCCACCGAUUGCACAGCGGCAGGCUCUGGAGGUGUCAUUUACAGCAACAAGUCGGUGGUGGUGGAUGCUAGCUCCUUGGCAGCCACCAGUUGCUUGGCUGCGAUGUUUGGAGGUGUUAUUUACUCAAGCCAGAAUCUAGUGAUGGCGGCUAGCUCUCUGACGGCUACCGGUUGCUUUGCAGCUCAAGGAGGCGGUGUCCUCAUUGCCUUGCGGGACGUGAUGCUGAAUACCAGCACUCUGACAGCCACCCGUUGCAGAGCAAAGGCCAGAGGCGGAGGUGUCAUCAGCUGCCGUGAGCUGGUGCUAGGCACUAGCGCUCUAGCGGCCACCAACUGCUCAGCUGGCAGCAUGGGAGGUGUCAUUUAUAGCUCUACGCAUCUCGUGCUGGACACUAGCCGACUGUCAGCUGAAGGCUGUGAAGCUCAAAUGGAUGGAGGUGCUUUGUAUGCCUUGACAAUGACCGCGCUGGGCAGCUCAGUGAGGGCCAUUGCGUGCAAAUCAGGUGGCGAUGGAGGCUGGCUGGCCGCCAAGAGCGGGCUGGGCUUUGAAAGCAAGAUUGCGCUGAAAGGCAGCGACAUGUUCGUCCGUGGCAGCACCGCCGGCAGGAACGGAGGCGCAGCCUAUGUCGACGGCAGUAUGACCAUGGCACAGAGCCGCGUGGAUAUCGGCAAUUGCUCAGCAGUUGAAAGUGGAGGUGGCCUUUGGGUUUUCCACCUCAUCGGAGAAGCUCUGAACAUGAGCAACUGCUCAGCUGCUGCUAUGGGCGGCUGCAUCAGCGCCAAGAGGAGCCUGAGCUUGGACGAGGCUGUUCUCGCCGGCUGUGCCGCAAGUACGGGCAAUGCUGUGGCCAGCACGGGGCGAGUUCAAAUUCGCAACCUGAGCCUCUUGGGGGCUGCAACCAAACAGAGCCCAAACUACGUCUCGGUGGGUGGCCCUGGAUCGUCCUUGCGCUUGGGCACCAUGGCCUGCGACGAUGCCGACGAGUGUGCAGUGAGCUCUCAAGAAGCCGCGCCGCUGGUAGAGCGCGUUGCUAGAUGCCCAUUGGGCACCGGAAAGGACGAGACGCCCUUGUCGGUCGGCUGCAUUACCUGCAGCCCAGGCAAUAUGCUUCUGCAACCGGAGCCAGACGCGGCAUGCGUUCCAUGCCCCGAGCUCGCGGAGGAGUGCCGACCCUCACGCAUGAGGCUGCGGCAGGGUAUCACUGUGAACGCCAGCGGGAACUUCUCCCAAGCGCUGCACUGCCCCAAUCCUGCAGCAUGUCCUGCGCAAGUCAUCGAGACUCCGGUACCUCCGAUUCCCCCGUCGUAUUGCCAGCAGGGCUACCAAGGCGCUGCGUGCUCAAGCUGCAGCUCAGGCUACGGAAGGUCAGAUGGCAGUGUGCUGGUGUGCGUGGAAUGCAGCACGUCUACCCAGCAGCUGGUUCGUCACGCGGCCCUGUAUGCGCUCAAGGACGUGGUGCUGUUUGUCAUCGCGGCACUUGGCGUGCUGGGUGCCAAGGCGGGGAAGAAGAGUAGCUCGGUUUAUCUCAACCAGUUGCUGGCCUUUGCCACGGUGAGCAGCACAGCGCUGAUGGGUGUGAUGCAGACCAGUGCCUUUGCAAGUUUGCGCACUUGGGCCAAACACCUGCUGGAGUCCAUCGAGAUAUUCACUGACAUCUUGCAGGGCCAGGGUGGUGCUACCAUGUCAAUCGAGUGUCUGCUGGCAUUUGCCGGGAAGGGCCUGGUGUUCGCCCACGCUGCAUCCUUGCUCAUGCCAAUCUUGUUGAUGCUCACUCUGGCCAUGAUCAAGGACCCACGGCUGUCCAUGGUCGUUGGCACGAACGUGUUCCUGCCAGGGUUCACGGCGAAAUUCGGGAAAUACCUCGUGGCGUACCGCUUGCAACCUCAAGAUCAAGGGGGUGACUUGCUGACACCGUUCCUGCCGGAUGUGCCUGGGGCCUUCUGGUUGGUGCUAGUGUGCAUCGUGGCGUGCUUCGUCUUGGGCGCGUGGAGCUGGAUGCACAUGGCGUUGUCGCGGGAAGACCCAAGUCCGCCGCACGUUCUAUACCUGACCCAAGCCUACAAGCCGAACUGUGCAGCCUGGGAGGUGGAACGCUUAGUGCGAAAGAUGAUGCUGACUUUGGCGAGCACAGUGCUGCCUGUGACCCUGUCUCCCGCUCUGCAGAUGCAGUUCAUCAGUGCCAUCCUGCUGGGAUCGAUGAUGCUCUACCAAUACAGAUUGCCGUACAAGGAGGACGACUGGAACCGCCUGGAGUUGGGUUUGCUGGGCUGCGCAGUGCUGAUUACGGGCUUCACGACGUGCUUGCUGGCCAACGACUCCCACUGGUCCAGGUCCAUGGAAACGCAGUUCGCCCUCAUGGUCUUCAUCGCGGCUCCAGCGGCAAUUGUGUGCGCAACGCUGGUGGUGCUCGUUGCUGUGGAGAUGUAUCGAGAGCGAGCCAGACAGAAAGAGGCAGCGGCCCUCGAGGCAGAGAAGGCGUCAGAGAACUGA